CACCUGUGGACUUUCCCUCCCUUUAAGAGAUGGGCGCGGUAUUUUUAGGCUUCUGUCGAAGGAAAGGGAGGCUGGUGGGAGAGCCAUUCAUGCUUCGUUUCCUCCUUUCCGCUUCUUUCUUCACUCUCCUCUCCUCCUCUUCCUCCACUUCCGUGCCCUCUUCCUGUUCACGUCAUUGUCUUCUUUUGGUGGCAAUUUUACUUCAACCCCCGCCCACGAUAACACUCUCCAUUGGAUUAUAAAAGAAAAAGACACCUUUGACAGCCAUGAGUCGCGACCGUCUGAAUGACUUUAACAGCAAUGUAAAGGAAUGAAUCCCGUCACAAGUGGCCCUCCCCGAGAUCCAAAAACCCCUCGCCUGUGCACUGACCACCGACAGCGGCCCGCUCUUUUCAAUGCUUCUUAGUCGGAGCCCAUGUCGCAUCCGUAUCCAAGCUCUAAUCUCAACAGCGACAACAAAAAUAAUCAAGCCCCUGUCGAACUUGCUCCUCUGCGUGGCGAUGCGCUGAGCCAGUUCUUUCAAGAGACCGAAGUCAUCCAGACAAAGAUCCAGCAGUUUCAGUCCAGCGUCAAUGAAGUCGAGCAGCUGUUUACCCGGAACCUGAACUCCAGAGCAGACCCAGAAGCGAACAAACAGCUGGAGGAUAAGACACGAGCGGCCAACAGCCUCUCAACAGAGAUCUAUGACCGUUUGCGAGCCCUGACUCAAUCUAACAUGAAGGUGCGCACGAAGGAGGAGUAUGACCAGCGCAAAUUGAGGACAUCCACGCUUAGCAAGCAGUUUAAGGACGCCGUGAGCCGGUUUCAGAAUCUGCAGUAUGAGAAUGGACAAAAGUCAAAGGAGACACUGGCCAGGCAGUACCGUAUUGCUAAUCCUGCCGCGACCGAAGAGGAUAUUCGGCGAUUGGUUGAUGAGGAUCAGGGCGGUAUCUUUUCUCAACAGCUAUUGCAGCAGGCAAGAGGUCAGCAGGCAAUGCAGGCUUUGAACUCUGUUCAGGACCGCCAACGUGAAUUGCAUGCGCUUCAGGAGAAUGUUGUAGAGCUUGCACAGCUCUACAAGCAGCUGGAACAUCUGAUCUCGGACCAGGACCUCACGUUCCAGGAGGUCGAGGCCACGGUCAACCGAGCAGAACUUGAUAUUGAAAAGGGAUAUGCGGAGGUUGGCAUCGCCCGCGAUCAUGCAAUCUCGGCGAGGAAGAAAAAAUGGAUGGUCCUUGGUAUCAUCGUCGUCAUCGUCAUCAUCAUCCUUAUCAUCGGAGCGGCUCAAGGCUGGUUUAAGAAACCUGCAGCAUAAAUGCAUCAAGCAAGCUACGAUCGCUCAUCCCUGCUCGAUACCUCUCGUUCAUGUUUAUAAAUCCUUGUUAUCUAUCCUGUAUAUCAUUUGAAUCGAAGAUAUUAAAAAUGCAAACCAAGAUAUGCGUGAGUGACUCCGUAACUUGGUGCCUGUCGCAGCAAUGCAUGGACUUGAAACCCCAAGGGAGUAGAUACGACGUGGGUUUCUAAGGUACAAGGGUUUUUUGCUAC